CCACGACCUAAUUACCUUUCCAUGAUGCGGGACCUUCUGUGCACCGCGGGUCACAAACCACCGACAACCUACAACCGUCGUUAACGCGCCGCAGACCUGCCGUGUCACGGGCCCUUUUUUGGUUCGACGUAAUUCCGACCAGGCCUUGGACAUACGCAGUCAUCCCUUUGCACACUUGUAUUGCACCCGAUGCCCUUUCUUGCCAGCUGAGCUGAGUUGGUUUUGUUUGCUUCCACCGCGUCAUUCAAAUCCACAUGGUCGCUUAGGCACUCAACCGCGAAGCAGCGCUCUCGAGUCGACUUUAGCAGCCUGCUUCUUGCCCGCUUCUUUGUGGUCGACCCGUCCCAGCCGCCACUGCUCUUCUUCAUAGAAGCCAACAGAUCCCUGCUACUACCCGAUUCGAGAAACACAAGAGCUUCACUGUGGGUGGACACGACGGCAACGCGUGCCGCUUCCGUCUGUCCGGGCGCUCAGCCAUCGCCACGAUGCCCUGCUUCAAGGGCAUUGCGGUGAGCAUUCAUGCGAAUGGUGCACCACUGCCCGAGUAUGGCAUCCAGAGGCAGUCGAGACUCUCUCGCAUCAGCAACUACAUUCCUGUGCCCCAGCCGAGCCUCAGCGGCGACUCGAACAAGCCCGAACCUGCCAAGUUUGCCAUUUCCAUUACCCUCUUGACACCAGGAUUGCCGAUCCCGUAUUCCGCCCCGAAGCCAACAGACAACAACCCAUAUCCGAAGCCGCAGUUCGUGGGGAGCCUGAAUCCCGGCUCUAAUGCGGAAAGAGGAAAGUUCUCCGGGAUUGUCAACCCGUACAUCCCCAUGACAAACUCGGAGAACGAAACCAUUGCCGCCUACAUUUACUUCGACGGUCGGGCAAAAGAAGAGGUAGCGACCCUUCUCCGCCCGGGUGAGGAAACCUGGGUCAACAGCCGAUGGGUCCAGGUCCCUGACACUGAAGGCGGCGGUUUGGCUGAACGCGAGUUUUUGUUUCGAGAAGUUGGCUUGGAGCGCUGGCUAAACGGCCUUGACCUCAAAGGCCACGACGCGGCGGAGAAGCUGGAGAAACGACGACAAAAAUUUGAAAGGCGUCAACGACGACAGAACAUGACUUUGGACAGUGGUCACGCAGCCGAGUCUGAUCAAGGAUCCAAUGGUCGUCGUGAUACGCUACGAUACGGCGCUGACGACGCGUCACCCAUCGAGGCCGUGUUUGACUCAGACUCAUGGUCCGAUGACGAUGACGAGCCCCCUGAGGCUACGGGACAGAUCAAAGUCGCCAUGUUCCGAGUCCUAGCAUCUGGAGAGAUCAAGAAAGGGGAAUAUUCGCCCCAGUUUGACGCGCACGAUGGCGACGAAGAGGCUCCGAGCGGCGGAGACAACGGCAUCAAUGCCGACGUGGAGCACACCACCAGCUUCGCGAAACCUAAGACGCUCGAUCCGAAGACUAUUAGCACUCAGACAGUAACGGGCAUUGACGGCCCGGACAAGCCAUACGCUGUGUUCACAUUCUUCUAUCGCGGCGAGAAACAACUUCAGAAGAUUGGCGUCAUGCAGUCGAGUAAGCAAGCGCAUACCACACCGGGAUCUGCCAAGAGACGUUCUGGACAGUUAGAUUUCUCUACUCUCGGCCCGCUCAAGGCCGGUGGCACCGUUGGCUUCACCGCCUUCCGCGAUCAGGAUGCCGAAACUGUGCGACGUAAGAAAGCUCGAAAGAAGAGCAAUGGCAACAUCGCCGAUGAUAGCGAUGACGACGAUGACGACGAGGGUGAAAUCGUGGGAAAGAUGGAGGACAUUGAUGACCAGGACGAAAAUGGCAAGCCAGCGGCCGACGAUACGAAAUUUGGCGGAGAGUUGGCCGACGGCGUCAAUCGCAUUCGGCUCAAGCGCGCACACUCGACGGAACCGAACAGUCGAUCCACCCCAGAAACCUCUCAGAGAGCCACCGCAGAGGAAUCACCAGCUCCUCAAGGCGUGCCUACGGGCCAGCCCACGCCAAAUAGCUACAAUGGUCAGGAUAUCCCGCCUGAGGCUCUCGUCGGGAGUCCACUGAAGAAGGCCCGACCGAGUAUCGAUCAAGCUAGCGCUAUUGAUAAGGCUUCGACGCACAGGCUUAGCGCAGCACUGACCACGGCCAUUUCGGGCACCUCAGCGACUUCGACGACUUCGACACCAGCUCCGAUAAAUGCAGUGGAAACUGCUGAGCCAUCUCUAAACCCGAAGGUUGACGAGGAGGAUGAGCUAUAGGGUACUUUGGUGCCCUUGCUCAGUCGUUGAGCAGACCCGUUACGUCAUUGCGAUGGGAUAAGUAGGCGGCGAGCGGGGGGAUCUGUGUGUCUUAAAGAUGCCUCGCUGGGCUCAGCUGCCGGCAGAGUAUUGACUGCCUUCGGUGCUUCGUGGAAGAUAUCGAAAGGGUUGAGGACUAAAACAUUGUAUGCCACUUAGCUUGUCACAGCUGCAGGCUCGCGAGGAGCAGUUAGGUAAGGAAUAGUGGCUUUUUGUCCUGAACCUGGCCCGGGAUAGGCCAGUAAGAAUUGCAAUAACCGAGGUUGCGGAGUUUGGCGACGGAACGAAUAGAUGACGAUUUCACUUGA